AUGAGGCGGUUUGUUCGGGCCGUCGUCGAGGUGUUUGGCGAUGAGUACCUCCGUUCUCCGAACGAGGAGGACACCGCUCGUUUGAUUGCUACAAACGAGCGAAGAGGGUUCCCGGGGAUGCUGGGAAGCAUCGAUUGUAUGCAUUGGAGGUGGAAGAACUGUCCGACAGCCUGGUCGGGUUCUUUCACCGGCCACGUCAACUCUCCGACGAUCAUCCUAGAGGCGGUGGCGUCGCAGGACCUGUGGAUUUGGCAUGCCUUCUUUGGAAUGCCGGGUUCCCUGAACGACAUCAACGUUCUGCACCGCUCGCAUCUGCUCGACAACCUUGCUGCUGGUGUGGCACCACAGAUGGAAUCUAUCCGGAAUGGGCCACAUUCGUGA